CUGUUGMGAUUAUUUUCAAGAAUCGCCAAUUGCAUCAGAAACUAUGGCAUCAAAARAAGRCGAACGCRAUGCGGGAAAUAUCCAAACAACGAGAAGAAGAAUCGAUGACAAUGAAGUGAUCAUAAUGUUCACUCCAUCGCUUGUGAAAAACGCGGCUUCGCACCUUCGCUUGCCUGGCAACUUUGUCGGUGUCCGAUCUGCACGRCAAGACUUUAGGAAUCCGACGACGAUAGCGCCRUCGUUCCAGGCAAUCAAUCCAAAGGAUGCCGCAGGCGAGGAAAAUUCCGCUCGCCUGAAGGCCUCAAAUGACGUCAAAUUCUGUGUUGUCGACGAACACGGGAACGAACGACGCAUGACCAAAGCCGAAAAGAAGGCGAAAAAGUUUCAAAUGGCGCAAGCCAAGAAGGAAGCCAAAAAAAAGGCAAACUCGAAGAGGAAGCGAAAACUGGAAGAUGUGGCAACGGAUAUCUGUAGUAGUAGGGACUCCGACGCAAACGCAAAAGCAGAGAGCGAGGCGAUACGACAGAAAGAUGAACAAUUGAAAGGGGACGGAGAAUCGGCAAAAACAUAUCAUCAACUCCCACUCAAUCCAACAACGAUAGAACAGGAACUCGCUGAGUUCAAAGGAAAACRAGGAAAUACGCCACCCCAGAUACUUUCACCAGCAAUGGCUUUGCAGUUUGUGUCCAAAAGCAUGCAUUCGACCUCGGCCCAAUCACCAGUGAAAACAACUGGCGAUGCAACGUUUGCGUACGAUCACAAUCUGUCUCAGGAGUGGGCGAACCGGCUGAAAGAACAGUGCGUUUUGCCAGCAGAAGCAGUGCGACAGAARGAAGACCUGCGACCCCUGGCAUAUCGAUUACAGCCCGAGCCUUGGCAACGACUCCGACCCAAUCUAGAUGAGAAUCCAGUGUUCACAACGAAUCGAAACCGCGACGAUAAAAAUAAGGAAUCGAUAUCCAAAGYAGCCGGUCCUAUCAUUGCAAACAGUGAUCUAAAAUCACAUGAUUGGGUAUCACUGAUUUGUCGGCCUCGCUUGAAUCCGUCCGUCUCGUCGCCAGAGCAAUUAGGAAUCAAGCACGAUGAUAUGCUGUCAAUCGUCUUUGAAUACAUACACCGGCAAACACCGUUCCAYGUUUCCUGUGGUUCCAAGUUUGGUKCCGACUUUCUGGUAUACGAUGGUCCCAGGGACAAGCGACACGCCUUUGCUGGCUUACGCGUCMUCUCCCGUUUUACCAAUUCGACAACGACGUUGCCAUCGUCCACAAAACCCUUGUCCGAGAAUGUUUCGAGUUGCAACCAGAACCUGCGGUUGCCACUUCCAACUGCCUAUUCUCUGACUGGUUUUGUAAGGUGUUUGAACACWGCAGGGAAACUGGCGCUUUUGGCUACCGUAGACGAAGUGUCGAACGAGCACGGCGACGGGCAAGACUUGUCAUCGUUCAGCUCUAGAGCUUGUAGGAAGAAGUAUCGAGUAGCCUUUGUUGAUGUAGCCCUGGAGAAAGUUUUGGAUGUUCAUAUACGCAAAAACCGUGGACGAUCCGAYAAGAAGAAAUUGCAAAAACGGAGGGAUGUAACACUCACUCUUUCAAAGAACUGAAGGAAAAGCGACCGAUCGCUCAUGGCUUGUCCUUAUUGUGGUUUCGUCUGAUUCUUGACGCAUCUACCUUGAUUGCAAAAURAGCAGCACUAUCCUGUAAAUUGUGAUG